ACCGUUUCAACAUCGCAUUCUCGGUUCUUGAACAAAAGACGUCCCGCACACUUCCACAACCAGCAACCACAACCCAUAACGACCCCAAUAGCAAGGCUUGUGGCUUCUCCUACCGUAUAGUGUUUGUUUGUUUUGGAAUCCAAACCGUCAUGUCGUCCUCCCUGUUGAAGACGAAGAACAGCACCAAGUUGCUGAAAAAGUUUAUGCAACGUUCUGGUGAUUGGCAUGAUCCUGCUGCUGCCAAUGAAAGAGAGGACAAGAAAGCCUCCAAAAAGCGCAAACGACUCAAAGACGAGGAGGAGGAAGCACUUGUCGAAUUGCAACAAGAAGAGGUGGUACAGCGUCAUAUUCAAUCCAUGUUGAAGAUGGAUAGUAUCAUGGAACGACCUCCCACAAAGUCCUUGAAGAAGAACAAGAACAACCAAUCUAGAAUGGAUCAGGCCAUGGACGUGUUGCAAGAACAAGAAAAGGAGGAAACGAAAAACCGACAACUAGCCAAGAAGAACGUAUCAGUGGGUACCAGUCGAAGUGCUGCCGUGCAAAGUCAAGCAAUUAGGCAACCUACGAUAACAAAGAAAUUGGCCAAACAACUAGCCAAAGAAAGAAAAAGGGAAUCGCUGAAAAAGAUUGCCUUGCUGCUGAAAAAACAGGCAAAGAAAAAGAAGAAGAAAACAAAGGCGUAAAGAUGGGGGCAGAAGUUAAUUGCAGUAGAGGAUAUCAUUGCAUUGG